GUCGCGAUCAGUCGCACAGUCGGCGAACAUUCGCUCCGGCGCACGUAGGUCCCUCGCCUGGCUCCGAUUUAUUCCACGCGCCCCUCGCAGCACCGCGCGCCGUACCGUCAGAGUACUACAGUAGGAUCGCCGUCCGUCGCAUUAGUGCCUUCACCGCGUCGGCGUUCGCGAAACAAACCAGCCCCGUUGGUAGCCGCCGCUCCGUUGGUGUUUGAUGCGCAGCGAGAAUAAUGUCCUGGUCGCCAUUCGGUAGGGGAUUUCCGUUCGACGAGCCUGAGGAUCGAGGACUGCGUGCGAGACUCGCCCAGCGUCACACGGACUUCGCUGAACGCCAUCCAGAGUUCGCCGAGCACUUCAGCUCCCCGGAUUGGUUACGCCGACAUUUCGACGAUCACAGCUACCCGUUCGAGGAUUUCGACGAGCCGCAUUUUGCACGCACGCGGCGCGCAGGUUCGUCUGCUCAUCAGCAACAAUCCGCCCCACAAGCACACAAACCUCAGCAACCAUCCGGCCAGCCACAAGCACCACCUCAACCUCAACCGAAAACCACACCGAUCGUCACCAAGCCGCCUGCCACGCCCGAGAGUGGGAAGAAGAUUCAACAAAGCAAUACGGUCGAUCUAGGCCAACCCCAAGCGACGCUAGUGGAUGAUACCCGCAACAUCCGCUCCAUGUCUGCACCCCCACAACACCCGAAUCGCGCAGGCGGCCAACGCUUCAUUAGCAGCGUGAAUAUACCCAACGUGAAUGCAGACAUGGGCAGCACCUCGUCGCAGCCUGCGCAACAGGGCACGGCAUCGCCGGCGGCCGAGCCUGCUCACUCAAACCCAAAAGAACAUUAUAUUCCCAUACAUGUGGAGGGACGUGACGAGGUCUUAACCCCCACUGCGACUGCGCAGACGCAGCACCCGCAGCGAACCCAUAAUUAUACCCAAUAUGUGAAUCCACCACCGGACCAGGAUGCGAAAGUGCGGCAGGAAAACCUCAGACGUCGGCAAGAAGAAAUCAGACGUCAGGAAUGGCUUCAACAACAACAACAACAUGAACAACAGCAGCAGCAACAGCAAGAGGCUGAGGUUCCGCAACCACCGCGACAACCACCACCAGUCAAAACCAAACCUACCUCCGAGGAAUUGAUUCAGAACAUCCAGAAAGACGUGUCUGAACUGUUGACUGAAGUUACCAACUUUGAUGGUAAGCCGCGUGACAAAAGAUACUUGUACCUAGAUGAGAUGCUCACGCGGAAGAUGAUCCUGCUGGAUGAUAUCGAAACGGGCGGGCAGGAUUCCAUUCGCAAUGCGCGUAGAGAGACCAUCAGGCGUAUCCAGGAAACCAUUAGGAUACUGGAGACCAAAGCGCAGGCAAAUGAAGACGCUGCAGCUAAACAGACAAAAGAAGCGACGCCAACACCAGAGAUGGCGCUGGCAGUUCAAAACCCCGCUGCUAACCCUGAACCAACCCCAUCUCCAGCCCCGGCUGAUGCCGGCGCACCUGAUGCCGCCCCACCGACAGCGGAAGAAACCGCCAGUGCGGAUGUACCUUCAGUCGAGCAUAGCACCGACAAUCAGGAACUCAUUGUUGGCGGAGUCGCGCGCAGCGGUUCACAGAUCACCGCCAUGGACGUGGAUGACGCAGAGCACGAACCGGCUGAGCCUUCAGUGGAGACUCCCCCCGUGCAGGAUGAACCAAAGAGUGACGAUGUGCAGGAGGGCGGUAAUGAGAAGAAGCGCGCGAAGAAGAAGGCUGACAAGAAGUAACAGCGAGCGCGCCGCUGGUGCUUCUGCUGAUCUCCGCCGCCGGCUUGGAGCGCUGCCUACAUGCAACCACAUUUAACUAAACAAACUGUGCAAAACCUUUGCAGAAAUAGCCUUACUACGCAAUACACCGCGAAUAUUAUUACGUUGAACGCGUGUUCUUUGCCCGAGGACGGCGGCGCAGAGAAAAGUUACCCCCAGUUACAAAUAAAUGUUUAGUUUUUUUUUGAAUUUUUAUUUUGGAUGCAUGCGUGAGCGAACGGACAGAGCACUAGCACUCGGGCGCAUUGAGAUUGUAUAUAAAUUGUUGGUGGUGGCGGCAUUGAGUGAGGAAACCAAACGCGACGAAUAUGUUGCAGCGACUUUACUAUAUAGGUACAUAUGUAUAAUAUGUAAUAAGCUCGUAUUUAUGCGUUAUUUUAAUAUUCGACGGCGUAGAUGAGCGUGGUUUAUGUUCUUUCGCUGCACAUACUACUCUACAGGUAACCGUGUGCUUUUACGCUCGUUUUAUUUCAUUGUUUGUUGUUAUUCAGUUAUAUUAUUACAAUGUUAUUGAAAGAAAACGUUUUCUAGCAAUUAAAUAAUAAAUAAAUUGAAAAAAA